CCCGCGCGGCGUGGGGGCCGCGGCCCGCCCGGUGGGCCCGCCCUUCGGCAGGCCACGGCGCGGGCCACCGCGGAGGGCGCUGGCGGCCGCCCUCGUGCUGGCAGCCGCAGAGGUGCUCCUGGGCCCGCGGGGGCGGUGGUGCUUCAGCGCCGUCCCGGCCGCUCUCCGUGCCGGCACAGGCUGGCCCGGGCCCCUCGGGCCCGUCGCGGCCCGCUGCGGGCUCGCCGCCGGCCGCGGCCCCGCCCAGGUGAGAUCGGCGAGAGCGGCGCUGGCUGCCCUGACAGUGGCGGAGCUCAAGAGCUACCUGCGGGAGAAGGGCCUCCAGGUGGACGGCGUGAAGGCCUCAGGCACGAUGCAGACGAUGCUGCUGGAGCUGAUAGAACAGGCGGAGGCGGACGCCCAGGCGGCAGCGGGCGCCGCGGCCGGCGCGAACGGCGUGGCCGCCACGAACGGCGCGGCGCAGCCGUCGCCCGCGGGCUCCGACCCGGAGGCGCUGCUUGAGCGCCUGAAGAACUUCGACCCCGAUGUUCACUGGGAGGACUACUACGUCGAUGGCAUGUGGGACGUCGAGGGUCUGGAGAGCGACCUCGAGCUGGCGCAGGCGAAGCGGGACCAGGCCGCGGCCGCUGCCGCAGCGCCGCAGCCCGCGCCCGCGCCCGCGCCGGCGGCAGCAGGGAACCCCGUGGCUCUGCAGAAGCUGGGGGAGCUCAAGGCCCUGGACCCGGGCGUGGCAGAGGAGGAUCACGGGGACGUGUGGCUCCGGGUCGGAGUAGUCGCCAUAAUGGUGCUGAUAGGCAGCGUCGCGAUGGCGGCCGUCCCGUUCGCGACCGUCGCCGUCGAGAUCGCGCCCGUGAUCGACGCCCCCCGCGGCGCGCCGCGGUCGGCCGAGGGGCAGGUGGCGGCGACGCCGCUGGCACCAACCCCCGAGGAGAUGCCGCCAACGCAUCUUCUGCGCGAGUCCCGAGCGCAGGGCUCGGCCGAGCUGGGAUCCUCUCUCUCGGGCCAAGAUGGGACCAAGCGGAACCUGCGAGUCGGGCAGUGCCGCGGAGGAAACUGCGCGCUGGGCGGCCAGGGAAGCGGCUCGCCAGGCGCCCCAGGCGACCGCAAGUCUCCUCAGCGGGUGCCGGGCGCGACCGGUGCCGACGGCAUGCUGUCCUUGCAGAAGCAUAUAUCGUUGGUUCACCAGGCGCUGAUCGGCAACCAGCGACGCGCGAGCGUCGCCAACCAGGUCUAG